CGGGAACGGAUGGCGGCCUGGGCCCCGUAGCAGCGGCGGCUCGACGGCCCGGGGCCCGGGCGGGCGGAGGUGGCGGCUCCCGGGACCGGCCGCGCGCAAUGAUGUUGUCCACUGGGCAUAUACUGACCAAUGUGGCAGGUCUGAGAACAUAGCUGAAGCUGAAAAUAGGAAAGCUGGGGGCAAGGAAGAGCCUUGAAUCUUGAGGUGGGACGUUGACUCUAAGAUGUCCUUGAGCAGUGGAGCCUCCGGAGGGAAAGGAGUGGAUGCAAACCCGGUUGAGACAUACGACAGUGGGGAUGAAUGGGACAUUGGAGUAGGGAAUCUCAUCAUUGACCUGGACGCCGAUCUGGAAAAGGACCAGCAGAAACUGGAAAUGUCAGGCUCAAAGGAGGUGGGGAUACCAGCUCCCAAUGCUGUGGCUACACUACCAGACAACAUCAAGUUUGUGACCCCAGUGCCAGGUCCUCAAGGGAAGGAAGGCAAAUCAAAAUCUAAAAGGAAUAAGAGUGGCAAAGACACUAGCAAACCCACUCCAGGGACGUCCCUGUUCACUCCAAGUGAGGGGGCAGCUAGCAAGAAAGAGGUGCAGGGACGCUCAGGAGAUGGUGCCAAUGCAGGAAGCCUGGUUGCUGCUAUUGCUCCCAAGGGCUCAGAGAAGGCGGCUAAGGCAUCCCGCAGUGUAGCCGGCUCCAAAAAGGAGAAGGAGAACAGCUCAUCUAAGAGCAAGAAGGAGAGAAGCGAAGGAGUGGGGACUUGUUCAGAAAAGGAUCCUGGGGUCCUCCAGCCAGUUCCCUUGGGAGGACGUGGUGGUCAGUAUGAUGGAAGCACAGGGGUGGAUCCAGGAGCUGUGGAGCCACUUGGGAGUAUAGCUAUUGAGCCUGGGGCAGCGCUCAACCCUUUGGGAGCUAAACCGGAGCCAGAGGAAGGGGAGAAUGAGUGUCGCCCGCUAAAGAAAGUCAAGUCUGAAAAGAUGGAGUCCCCUGUCUCCACACCAGCAGUGCUGCCACUGCACCUUUUGGUGCCAGUGGUCAAUAGUGACAUCGCAUCCCCCUGUGAGCAGAUCAUGGUUCGUACCCGAUCAGUUGGGGUCAACACAUGUGAUGUGGCUCUGGCCACAGAGCCCGAGUGCCUGGGCCCCUGCGAACCUGGGACAAGCGUCAACCUUGAGGGCAUCGUGUGGCAGGAAACAGAAGAUGGGAUGUUGGUGGUGAAUGUAACAUGGAGGAACAAGACUUACGUAGGUACACUUCUUGACUGCACACGACAUGAUUGGGCACCCCCCAGGUUCUGUGACUCUCCCACCAGUGACUUGGAAAUGCGCAAUGGUCGGGGUAGAGGCAAACGCAUGCGUCCCAACAGUAACACACCUGUCAAUGAGACAGCCACAGCCUCUGACAGCAAAGGGACCAGCAGUAGCAGCAAAACCCGAGCAGGAGCCAAUAGCAAAGGCCGUCGGGGCAGCCAGAAUUCUUCAGAACAUCGCCCAGCUGCCAGCAGCACCUCUGAGGAUGUAAAGGCCAGCCCUUCCUCAGCUAAUAAGCGGAAAAACAAACCCCUUUCAGACAUGGAGCUGAAUUCUAGCUCAGAGGACUCCAAAGGGAGCAAGCGUGUCCGUACUAAUUCCAUGGGCUCAGCCACUGGCCCCCUCCCUGGGACCAAAGUAGAACCCACUGUUCUAGACAGAAAUUGUCCUUCCCCAGUCCUGAUUGACUGUCCCCACCCAAACUGCAACAAAAAGUACAAGCACAUCAAUGGACUUAAGUACCACCAAGCUCAUGCCCAUACAGAUGACGACAGCAAACCAGAAGCAGAUGGAGACAGUGAGUACGGAGAGGAGCCCACGCUGCAGGCAGACCUCGGGAGCUGCAAUGGUGCAUCUGUCUCACAGAAAGGUUCCUUGUCCCCUGCCCGCUCCGCUACCCCCAAAGUUCGGCUCAUAGAGCCCCAUAGCCCUUCUCCUUCAAGCAAAUUCAGCACAAAAGGCCUCUGUAAGAAAAAGUUGAGUGGGGAAGGGGACACAGAUCUCGGGGCCUUAUCCAAUGAUGGCUCUGAUGAUGGACCCUCAGUAAUGGAUGAAACAAGCAAUGAUGCCUUUGAUUCUUUGGAAAGGAAGUGUAUGGAAAAAGAAAAAUGUAAAAAGCCCUCUAGUUUGAAACCUGAAAAGAUUCCUUCCAAAAGUUUAAAGUCAGCCCGGCCCAUUGCCCCUGCCAUCCCCCCACAGCAAAUUUACACCUUCCAGACAGCCACCUUCACAGCAGCAAGCCCAGGCUCCUCCUCAGGCUUGACCACCACAGUGGUCCAGGCCAUGCCCAACAGCCCCCAGCUGAAGCCCAUUCAGCCCAAGCCCACUGUUAUGGGAGAACCUUUUGCAGUCAACCCUGCCUUGACUCCAGCCAAGGACAAGAAAAAGAAAGACAAAAAAAAGAAGGAAUCUUCAAAGGAACUUGAAAGUCCUCUGACCCCUGGGAAGGUGUGUCGAGCAGAAGAAGGCAAAAGCCCAUUCAGGGAAUCAUCAGGAGAUGGGAUGAAGAUGGAGGCGCUCCUAAAUGGCUCCUCAGACCCCCACCAGAGCCGACUGGCUAGCAUCAAGGCGGAAGCUGACAAGAUCUACAGCUUCACGGACAAUGCUCCCAGCCCUUCAAUUGGAGGCUGUAGCCGCCUAGAUAGCACUACCCCUACCCAGCCCAUGACCCCCUUACACGUAGUGACCCAGAAUGGGGCUGAAGCCAGCUCAGUCAAAACCAACAGCCCUGCAUACUCCGACAUCUCUGAUGCUGGGGAGGAUGGGGAGGGCAAAAUGGAAAGCGUCAAAUCAAAGGACCCUGAACAGUUGGUUAAGGACGGGGCCAAGAAAACCCUUUUCCCCCCUCAGCCACAGAGCAAAGACUCACCCUAUUACCAAGGCUUUGAGAGUUACUACUCUCCAAGUUACACACAAUCCAGCCCAGGGGCUCUGAACCCCAGCAGCCAGGCAGGAGUGGAGAGCCAGGCCCUGAAGACAAAAAAGGAUGAGGAGCCUGAGAGCAUAGAGGGAAAAGUGAAGAAUGAUGCCUGUGAGGAAAAGAAACCAGAGCUGAGCAGUUCCAGUCAGCAGCCCUCUGUCAUCCAGCAACGUCCCAACAUGUACAUGCAGUCCCUGUACUACAACCAGUAUGCCUAUGUGCCCCCCUAUGGCUACAGCGAGCAGAGCUACCACACCCACCUCCUGAGCACUAACACAGCUUACCGGCAGCAGUAUGAAGAACAGCAGAAACGGCAGAGCUUGGAGCAGCAGCAGCGGGGACUGGAUAAGAAGGCAGAGAUGGGCCUGAAGGAGCGGGAGGCAGCACUCAAAGAAGAAUGGAAGCAGAAGCCGUCAGUUCCACCAAGUCUCACCAAGGCCCCCAGCCUGACAGACCUGGGGAAGUCAGGACCCGGGAAGGUCAAGGAGCAAGGGGCUGACUCUGCCAAAUCAGUCAUUAUUCCCAAGUUGGAUGACUCUUCCAAGCUCCCCAGCCAGGCCCCGGAAGGACUUAAAGUAAAGCUGAGUGAGGCCAGCCACCUAGGCAAGGAGGCCUCUGAGGUGAAGACAGGUGCCGAGUGUGGCCGACAGGCAGAGGUGGAUCCAAUACUCUGGUACCGACAGGAAGCAGAGCCCCGGAUGUGGACAUAUGUUUAUCCUGCCAAGUAUUCAGACAUCAAGUCAGAGGAUGAGCGGUGGAAGGAGGAGCGGGACCGCAAACUGAAGGAGGAAAGGAGUCGGAGUAAGGACUCUGUUCCCAAGGAGGAUGGGAAGGAAAGCACAAGUAGUGACUGCAAGCUGCCCACAUCUGAGGAAUCCCGCCUCGGGAGCAAGGAGCCCCGACCAAGUGUCCACGUGCCUGUGUCCUCUCCCCUCACCCAGCACCAGUCCUACAUCCCCUACAUGCACGGCUACUCCUACAGCCAGUCCUAUGACCCCAACCACCCCAGCUACCGGGGCAUGCCUGCCGUGAUGAUGCAGAACUACCCAGGUUCCUACCUGCCUUCCAGCUACUCUUUCUCCCCGUAUGGCAGCAAGGUCUCAGGGGGUGAAGAUGCUGACAAGGCACGAGCCAGCCCCAGUGUCAGUUGUAAAUCCAGCUCAGAGUCCAAAGCCCUGGACCUCUUGCAGCAGCAUGCCAGUCAUUACAAGAGCAAGUCUCCCACGAUAAGUGAUAAAACUUCUCAGGAGAGAGAUCGGGGAGGCUGUGGGGCAGUUGGGGGUGGAGGCAGCUGUAGCAGCGUCGGGGGAGCAGGCGGGGGUGAAAGGAGUGUUGACCGGCCCCGAACCUCCCCUUCUCAGCGCCUGAUGUCCACACACCACCACCACCACCACUUGGGGUACUCAUUGCUCCCAGCACAGUACAACUUACCCUAUGCAGCAGGGCUUUCUUCUACAGCCAUUGUUGCCAGCCAGCAAGGCUCGACUCCUUCACUCUACCCACCCCCCCGGAGGUGAGAAUGAACACCAAGUGCCCGGAUAAAGUCAGCUUCACGGGACCGGACUGGCUCACCCAAGGAGGUGCUGGAGGUGCCAUUUAGACAUCAGUU